GCAGCAGAACACUGGCUAACUACUGUUUUUGAAGGAGGUGAUACAGGCAAAUAUUUAAGGUAUAACUUAGCAUAAAAUAUAGGGCUGUCUCUAAGCCCCCAUAAUGUUUAUGUGCUCUUUGCUUUUCAACGAUAACAUCAGAAGAGGGCAUCAAAAACUAAAUCAUAAAUACGGUCAUCUAGGUAUGGACUUCCCAUCCAUGACACUCCACACAAACAAUGUGACUGAAUUUAUUCUCUUUGGCCUCACGCAAGAUGAAGAAACCCAGAAAAUAUGCUUUGUCUUGUUUCUGUUCUUCUAUUUAAUCAUUGUGCUGGGCAACCUUCUUAUAGUAGUCACUAUAAUCUUCAGCACCCACUUGAUGUCUCCCAUGUAUUACUUUCUCGGUUACUUAUCCUUUGUAGAUAUCUGUUAUUCCUCCGUCACAGCUCCCAAACUGAUUGCAGAUUUUCUUCUGGAAAGAAAAACCAUCUCUUUUAUUGGCUGCAUAGCUCAGCUCUUUGGAGUCCAUUUCUUCGGCUGCACAGAGAUCUUCAUUCUUACAGUGAUGGCCUAUGACCGGUACAUUGCAAUUUGCAAACCACUACACUACACUACUAUUAUAACCAGGCAAGUCUGUGGGCGGAUGGUAGCAGCUUCUUGGGUUGGGGGUUUUUUGCACUCCAUGGUGCAGACUCUUCUGACCACCCAACUUCCUUUUUGUGGACCUAAUGAAAUUGACCAUUAUUUUUGUGAUGUCCACCCUCUACUGAAACUGGCCUGUACAGAUACCUAUAUAGUUGGCGUCAUAGUGGUUGCGAACAGUGGGAUGAUUGCUUUAAGCUGCUUCCUCAUCUUAGUGGUGUCCUAUAUUGUAAUCUUGGUCUCCUUGAGAUCUCAUUCUUCUGAAGGACUUCGUAAGGCUCUAUCUACUUGUGCUUCCCAUGUCACAGUAGUGAUUUUAUUUUUUGGACCAUGUACCUUUACCUAUAUACGCCCUUCCAGCAACUUCUCAGAAGAUAAGACAGUAGCUUUGUUUUAUACGGUCAUCACUCCGAUGCUGAACCCAUUAAUCUACACAUUAAGAAAUUCAGAGGUGAAGAAUGCUAUUAAAAAAUUAUGGAGCAGAAAAAUGUUUUCUAUUGAAAGAACAAAUAUGUAAAUAGAGCGUUUGUAGAAAUAGUUAAAACUGGAUGUCUAUCUUUUUGUGAAUAUUUUAUUUUACUUCUGUCAAUAUAUUAUGCUGCUUUUAAUAUAGUUAUUCCAAUGGCAAUUUGCAUUUUACUUUGUUAUACUUUGUUGUAAAUCAUUUGGUGAUUUGAUUAUAGAGCAACAUAACAUCACUUGGAUUGAACAUCACUUGGUAGUAAAUAAAUCAAAUUUGGUUUGACAAAGCA